UACUGUUAAACCUGUUGUAAUGUUUGAUAUGAAAAAUGUUUUCCUCAAUUACCUGAACAUAUAUGUGUGAUGAGCCUAAAAUAGACAAUAGCACACAGGAACCAAUGAAUUGCACAAAUCACACAGCAUAUGUUCAGUGUCUGCCAGCACCAAAUAUUACUUGCAAAGAUCACCUUGGCGUAGAAAAAGUCUUUACAGGACACGAAGUUGGAUUUUACAAGCCUAUUGAGUGUCGCAAUGUAAAUGGGUACUCCUACAAAGUGGCAGUGGCUCUGUCCUUAUUUCUUGGAUGGCUGGGAGCAGAUAGAUUUUAUCUAGGCUAUCCUGCAUUAGGUUUGUUAAAGUUCUGCACUGUAGGAUUUUGUGGAAUUGGGAGCCUAAUUGAUUUCAUACUUAUUUCAAUGCAGAUUGUUGGACCUUCCGAUGGCUCCAGUUACAUUAUAGAUUACUACGGUGCGAGGCUCACACGGCUCACCAUCACCAAUGCAACUUUCAGGAAAAUGCAGACCUAUCCCUAGUCCUGGCAGUAAUUGUCACAAAUCCGUAGGGGCAGCUUAUUUCUGCAGCUGGAUCCAGUUGUCCGCUGGAAUUGCUGAGGACUUAUUAAUUGCAUUUCAUCAGAACGGAAUAUUAAAUGUACCUUGAACCGAAGAUGAUCAUAUAUGGAAGUUCCUCAAGUGCAUGAGUUUACCUCAGAGGUCUAACUUUGUGGCUGCUCUAUUUGUUGGAGCGCAGAGUUUCUUGCUAAGUUAUAUCAUUUGUGAAAUGUGCAGACUUUUGCACUGAUGUUCUGUGUCUGUGAGUAUAAUUUAGUGUUACAGAGAACUGGAAAAAGAGUGAAUGGGCCAGGAUUCACUUGGGAUCUGUUCUCAUAACAGUUUCCAAAGUGGCAGUUUGGAAAUUAACUUAAAUAUCCCAAACCACACAAACUGCCUUUUUUUCUAUCCUGUUAAAAUCCAGAUAGCCCCAAGUCUUGUUCUGGUGUAUCCUGUGAAAUUCUAUUUAUUGAAAUAAUUACUUCUGUAAAGCUUGAAGAAAAAUUUUGGUCAAAUAGCAAAGUUUGGUCAGUACUGAUCAACAGUAAAAAGUAUGGAGGCAUAAAAAAUAGAAUCGUAGAUGACACAUAACAGAAAGUGAGGGUGGAUGUUGACAUGGCCUGAGGUUAGAAGAGGAAAUAAUUGUUCUGCUUAUUUUGAUUUUCUGAUUUCUGCUUAUUUGAUUUUUUUCUUUAUUCCUUUGCAACCAUCCACAGUGAAAUACAUACCUUCUUUUUCUGAAAAUAAAUUGGUGCAUGUGUUUGACAGCUACAGAGUGUCAAAAGAGUGAAUUCUUUGUACUAAUAAAGCCCUUAAAAGGUUCUUUUUUUGGA